AUGCCACCCCGAGGCGCCAUUGUCUUCUCGAUUCUGCGACCAACUCGGUCGACGGCGACAUUCUCACGCGCUACAACUCAUUUCCAAAUCCGUACAAACAGCACAGCUAGCACCUCAGAAGCAACCGGCAAUACCAUCAACGUACAACAAGUCCCCGCACCGGGAUCGGGAUACGUGCGCGUCCUACUACUCAACAGACCAAAGGCUCGAAAUGCAAUUUCAAAGGAACUAUUGAAUGCCCUACGGUUUCAGGUUGAUGCGAUCAGCGCGGAACAGGGCAAUGGGCCGACGAGGGCUUUGGUACUUGCGAGUAAUACGGACUCGGCUUUCUGUGCGGGCGCUGACUUGAAGGAAAGGAAGGGGAUGACUAAGGAAGAGACGAACGCAUUUCUGACCAAACUGCGCGGCACGCUAUCACGACUCGAGACUCUGCCCAUUCCGACGAUUUCUGCGGUGUCCUCAGUCGCUCUCGGAGGUGGCCUCGAGUUAGCCUUGAGCACUCAACUUCGCGUCUUUGGAUCGACCAGUGUCGUAGGAUUGCCCGAAACCCGUAUUGCCAUCAUACCAGGCGCGGGAGGCACUUAUCGUCUCCCGAAACUGAUCGGACUCAGUCGCGCACGAGACCUAAUCCUCACCGGUCGAAAAGUCUCAGGUGCGGAGGCAUAUUUCCUCGGUAUUUGCGACCGGUUAGUCGAAGUGACGCCCGAGGAGGAAAAACAGGAAGGAGUUGCGCGAAAUAAGGUUUUACAUGAGGGAAUCAAGCUUGCGCUGGAUAUAUGUGAAGGCGGACCGCUUGCGAUCAAGGCCGCGCUGCAAGCUGUGAAUCAUUAUGAGAAUGGGGAGGAGGCUGAGAAUGCGGCUUAUAAUACGGUUGUGGAUACGGAAGAUAGACUUGAGGCUCUUCUUGCGUUUGCCGAGAAGCGGAAGCCGGUUUACAGAGGGCGGUAG